AUGAAGCAGGUGAGCCAAUGUACGGGGAUGGAAUCCUCUCAAGAAGCAACCCAAAUUGUGGAGAUGCGCAAGAUAGGGGCCGUUCAUCAGUUGCAUGACUGUUCACCCUCAUCACCCUUAUUUCAUCCAAAUCCUCCCGGGGGAUCCUCGAGUUCACCAGGUUCCCAAAAGCACUUCAAAUCUCAUGAUACCCGUCUUGAGCUCAAAAUCAAACGAAGGGAACCCUACUGGAGAGUCGGAUGCAUUGCAGAAUUCACAACCAGAUUGUUGCUCGAUUUGCCUGUCUGAAUGGAACGAACUUCAAACAGAACAACCAUCCGCAGA